UUGUUUUCUGUCACCUGAACGCUGCCAGGAGGCUUGGAUCACUCCUCCUCUCUGGGGUCUAUGUUCCCGGGACACUGGCAGGGUGCAGCGAGCCCUCGUCCGGACCUUCCGUGAAGCCAACACCCGCAGAUUUCAAGGACUCAUGAGUGCGUGAGUCCGGCGGGGUCUCCUAAACUCCCAAGGCCCGGGGCAGGCCGGUCCAAGCUGUGCCGGCCGUUUAAAAAAGAAGAGAGAGACUUAGAGAUGAACUCGCCCGUGCGCUGCUGGCUGCCCCGCUAUAGGGGCGAAGGCCCCUGACGCAAGCGGAACUCUGCGGAGCCCAUACGAAUCAGAACCGAGCAAGGCUCCUGGCGCACUAGGGACUCCAGGAGGCAGCUGCGCCAGAGACGCGGGUCGCGCCUCGGGAAACCGGGUGGUGGGGGGAGGGGAAGCUCCACCAAGAAAACCCACCGAGGCGGGGACUGGCCUGGGCGGGGAGGGGCGGCGGGGCCGGAGCCCCUCGCUGUUGGGCAGACUCCCGAUGGUCAGAGGCUGACUUCCACUCCCGCCGACCGCUCCCCGGGGGGGAAAGAGGAGGGAGAGAGCGAUAGCGGCGCGAGGCCUCCGGUUCCCGCAGCCUGCAGAAGUUGGAAGCUCAGCCGCGAGCGCUCACUCCUGCGCCCGCCUGCAAGGCGAGCCUGCGCCCGGAGAGCACAGCCCCGGGACGGCCCGGCCGAGGAGCUCCGGCUUUUGUCAUGAUGGCCAGCUACCCCGAGCCCGAGGACGCCACGGGGGCCCUGCUGGCCCCGGAGAACGGGCGCACAGUCAAAGAGCCCGAGGCGCCGCCGCCGAGUCCGGGUAAAGGCGGCGGGACAGCACCCGAGAAGCCGGACCCCGCGCAGAAGCCCCCGUACUCGUACGUGGCUCUCAUCGCCAUGGCGAUCCGCGAGAGCGCCGAGAAGAGGCUCACACUGUCGGGCAUCUACCAGUACAUCAUCGCCAAGUUCCCGUUCUACGAGAAGAACAAGAAGGGUUGGCAGAAUAGCAUCCGCCACAACCUCAGCCUCAACGAGUGCUUCAUCAAGGUGCCGCGCGAGGGCGGCGGCGAGCGCAAGGGCAACUACUGGACGCUCGACCCGGCUUGCGAGGACAUGUUCGAGAAGGGCAACUACCGGCGCCGCCGCCGCAUGAAGAGGCCCUUCCGGCCGCCGCCAGCACACUUCCAGCCGGGAAAGGGGCUCUUCGGGUCGGGAGGAGCGGCGGGUGGCUGCGGCGUAGCGGGAGCGGGGGCGGAUGGCUAUGGCUACCUGGCGCCGCCCAAGUACCUGCAAUCGGGUUUCCUCAACAACUCCUGGCCCCUGCCGCAGCCGCCCUCGCCCAUGCCCUACGCCUCCUGCCAGAUGGCUGCGGCCGCUGCAGCAGCUGCGGCAGCCGCUGCAGCAGCCGGCCCGGGCAGCCCCGGUGCAGCCGCGGUGGUCAAGGGGCUGGCUGGCCCCGCCGCUUCCUACGGGCCGUACUCGCGUGUGCAGAGCAUGGCGCUGCCGGGCGUUGUGAACUCCUACAACGGCCUGGGAGGCCCUCCCGCCGCGCCCCCACCGCCGCCACCGCACCCCCACCCGCACCCUCACGCACACCAUCUGCACGCGGCCGCCGCACCCCCGCCAGCUCCGCCACACCAUGGGGCUGCCGCGCCACCCCCGGGUCAGCUCAGCCCCGCCAGUCCGGCCACCGCUGCACCCCCGGCCCCCGCGCCCACCAGCGCGCCGGGCCUGCAGUUCGCCUGCGCCCGGCAACCCGAGCUCGCCAUGAUGCAUUGCUCUUACUGGGACCACGACAGCAAGACGGGAGCGCUGCACUCGCGCCUGGAUCUCUAAGUGGCACCGUGUGCGGGAGCGGCCCCGGAGUGGAGGAGCCGAGCUCGGGUCGCAGCCGCAGCAGCCAGCCGGACAGCGUACACCCCGGGACAGCCUUUUGAGCCAGAGCCCUCGAGCCUUCUGCGCGUCCUCGUUCUGCCCCGCUCCUGCGACUCCGCUUUGUCGCCUCCGCUGUUCCUCCGGUGUUCUUCCCCACCGGGCCUCUGCCUUCGUGCCCUCCGGGCCGGGGGCCGCCCUCUCCGCGCUUUCCGCAGGCCUCCGCUCCUCCCGGAGUCCCGGAGUCACCGCAGGGAGUGUGUCUCCGGCCGAGCUGCGGCCGCGCUGACCUCUUGGCCUUCUCUUUCCAGGUCGGUGGACCUGCGCUCGACUUUCUCCACCCCACAACCGCCGCGCUGUCUGUGGCUAGAAGCGCUGGCUGGGCUGCUGGGGUAGCAGGACCCACACUGCGGGAGAAAGGAAAGAACGUGCCUCGCCGCUCCGCGAUCCCUCCUGGAACUGAUCAGAAGCCGCUUGCAGAGGGGCCCUCUGGGCGGGGCGGGGGUUGAGCCCCAGGCUGGAGCAGGGACUGCCUCGUUCUGCGGCCUGUAAUCCGGUUCACAUCCCCUCGCCUAGAGAGGCCGUGGUGCCUCUGCUCUUCAGCGCACUGCUUCGGGUACCUCCUUGCCAGGGUGGCUGGCAAACGUCUUGCUAAAAAGAUCGGUGAGGUUUUAAAAAUAUAUUUUUAAAAAAUACUUUUUAAGGGGAAAAAAGAGAGAGACAAUAAAACUUUCAUCAGGAAAAACGGUGAAGUGUUAUGGCCUUUGCUAAAACCAAACAACAAAAUCAAAAGCUUUAGUUUCUUCAUCGUCCCUGCUGGGAGAUUUGUGUAGAAUUCCCGUAGUCACUUCAGAAGGCUGCGCUCAGAGCCAGGAGAAAAUAACUAGCUAAAAGAAGGGUUCCACUACAAAUCGGGAGUUUUCUCUAUAUUUUUAAAAAUAAAUUCAAAACAAUUUUUCCCGGAUCUUCCGAUUCUAGCCCGUGAUGCCAGAAGAUCUCUCGCUGCCUGGCUGGGCCACACUUCGGGGAUAAUACUUCCCUCCCUAGUUUUUGAUUUUCAAACUCCUUACUUCUUCCACCUUUGGAAGGAGAAAUGUGAAACCGGCCAAGGCCGGCCCACGCGGGCUUGUGACCCCAGCAGGCUAGCCCGAAAUUUCGAGACCUGGUGGUUGAGUAAUGUCUUUCGGGGACCAAAUUUUCUAGAGGGAACUAGAGCACUUUUGCUGUAUUUGUAUGUGUGCGCGCGCGUCCCUUGUCAA